UGUUGGUUGAAAUAUUGAGGAUUACUUAAUGAUCCAAUGGGAAGGCUUCUUGCUUAGAUGAGUGUUCCUGCUCGGAAAACACACUAGACUUUGUUAAUGUUGAACGUAAAUGAGUUAGAGCACUCAUUUGGGCAAGAAGUCUUCCAAAGGAGAUCUUUGAGAAAAGUAACAAAAAGGGAAACUUACUCAGGUGAUUGUAUUAUAGUUAUCAAUGCUCUUAUAGAAACAAUAUUAUUGAACAAAUCUCCUUUUUUCUCUUCAUUAAUCAUGAUUUCUUUCCAAUAUUCUUACUUCCUUAUCCUUUUCCUCUCUUUUCUUUAUUUUCUUGCAUCUAUUCUUUUUAUUUUUCUUUUGUAUCUUUUGUCAUUUCUCUUUUUUAUUCUUUUUAUAAUCUUUUGCUUUGGAAUAUUUUUAUAUAAUUAAAUUUAAUUAUAAUAUCACCUCAUUAAAUUUAAAUUUAUUUCCAUGUUUUUUUAGCAUAGACUUUAAUGUGGAUAUAUUGUACAUCUCAUGUUGAAUUUUGUUUAUAAAUGUGUUGGUUAAACUAUGAAAUAUAUCAAACUUUUGCAUCUUAAAAAACACAUGAGAUUUUUUCCUAUAUUUUUGUAAGAUGGAUGAACUUGUUCGUGGUGAAGAAUCAUUGGCUAAUAAAUAUUUUCAUCCAUUUAUAUAAGAAUGAUAUAGAAAAUAACAAAACCAUACUUUUCUAAAUACGCCCGAUCUUCAUUCCAAUUGUUAAAAAUGAAGAAUUAAGUUGAUUUUAGUUUUUUCUCUAGAAACUUUAAUGUUAGCAUAGAAAAAUCACAAAACAUACUUUAGAUAACCUAAAAAUGAAGGAUUUAUUCUCUAUUCAUGAUCCUUAAUUUCUUUCAUUUGGUUCGAUGGAGAUUGGGGGAUGAAAAUCUUUGUAGAUUCUGGCAAGAUAAAUGGUCUGGAGAUAACACUCUCAGUAGUUUGUUCCCCAGAGCUCAUCAGCUUGCCUUUGCAAAUUCCUCUAUCACCAGUAGUCAUGGCCUUUUCAUCAACAAUUCCUGGAAGUGGCACCCCAUUAUCAGAAGAGGCAUUUCAGAGGAAGACAGAUAUCAGAUUGAACAACUAUAUCAUAAGCUUGAGUCAGUUAAUCCUCUUGUAGUUUCCAACAGAGAUGAGAUUUUUUGGUACCACCACCAUUCAGCUGCCUCCAGCAGCAAAAGAGCUUCCAUUUUACACAGCGCUGCGGUUGAGCUGGGUCUUCACCAGCGGGCCAAAUCCGUUCCGGAGGACAAUAUGGGAGAGAAUUUCCCCAGCUAAUCCUAGUGCUCUCAAGUGGUGGCUUCUCUAGACCUUUUGCUAUUGGUUACUUAUGGUUAGAUCUUUUGUAAUAACUCAACUAAACCUUGAUCUUUUCCCUGAUGUGGCUUUCUUUUUUUGUUUCGUUUUCCUCUCUAGGAAGUUAGGAGCCAGUGGAGAAAUUUUCUGGUUGGUGACGACAAGGUCCGCUCCCAUCCGAAAAUUUCUUCUCCUGACUCCUUUUCUUACUCUCUACGUGUUCAUUUGUAUAUAUUCAUCACAGUUUGGUUUUAUAGUUUUAUAUAUGAGCAGGGGUUCUCACCCUG